CUUUAAAGGCUCUUUCUUACCCAUAAUGCUUUGUGGGGACGUUGACAAGUGGAUCCAAGAUGGCGUAGAAAGUAAUGACAGGAACUGGAUGAAGUAAUUGAUCACUAAUGAACUACAGAGCCGGUGAGAUGUGCAAGAAAUUAUAAAGAGCUCUGAUGGGCUAUUUGGGUGUUACCCAGUGCAGUGAACUGCAGGAUUUUUGUCCCUGAGUCAUGGAAGACAGAAGAGCUGAAAGGUCAUGUGAACAAGCGUGCGCGUCACUGCAGAGGCAGGACUAUGACAUGGCCCUCCAGCACUGCACCGACGCCCUGCUCUCUCUUGGCCAGUACUCCAUGGCAGACUUCACAGGGCCGUGCCCGGUGGAGGUUGAGCGCAUCAAAAUUGAGAGUCUUCUUUACAGAAUUGCCUCAUUCUUGCAAUUGAAAAACUACGGGCAAGCUGAUGAAGAUUGUAGGCAUGUGCUGGGGGAAGGACUGGCCAAGGGAGAGCGUGCCUUCCGGGCAGUGCUGUGCUGCAUGCAGCUGAAAGGGAAGCUCCAGCUUGUGUCCUCCAUCCUUGCCAAGUCACUGUCAGGGGAGUCUCUGAAUGGGAUGGUAACGAAAGAUUUGACAAGACUAAAGACACUUCUCACAGAAACAGAGACAGCAACGAGUAAUGUCCUGUCUGGAUGUCACGUAGAAGACUUAGAUGAAGGGUCCUGUAAUGGUUGGCAUUUCCGCCCACCGCCCAGGGGCAUCACCAGCAGUGAGGAGUACACCUUGUGUAAGAGGUUUUUAGAGCAAGGGAUCUGUAGGUACGGUGCCCAGUGUACUUCAGCACAUUCCCAGGAAGAGCUAGCAGAGUGGCAGAAAAGAUACGCCUCCCGACUGAUCAAACUGAAGCAGCAAAGUGAGAAUAAACAGCUCUCAGGCAGCUACAUGGAGACCUUGAUAGAGAAGUGGAUGAGUUCACUGUCUCCUGAGAAAGUGCUUAGUGAAUGCAUAGAGGGAGUUCAGGUGGAGCACAGCCCUGACCUGUCGGUCACCGUCAACACCAAAAAAUCCCACCAGACGUGGACCUUUGCUCUGACCUGUAAGCCUGCAAGAAUGCUGUAUCGGGUAGCCUUGCUUUAUGACGCUCAUCGUCCUCAUUUCAGUAUCAUUGCCAUAUCUGCCGGAGAUAGUACUACCCAGGUAUCACAAGAAGUCCCCGAGAACUGUCAAGAAUGGAUAGGAGGAAAGAUGGCCCAAAAUGGAUUAGAUCAUUACGUGUAUAAAGUCGGGAUAGCAUUUAACACAGAAAUAUUUGGAACUUUUCGCCAAACCAUAGUUUUCGACUUUGGAUUGGAGCCAGUACUCAUGCAGAGGGUGAUGAUUGACGCAGCUUCUACAGAAGAUCUUGAAUACCUGAUGCAUGCAAAGCGGCAGCUGGUAACCACAGCCAAGCGCUGGGACUCUUCUUCUAAGACUAUUGUAGAUUUUGAACCUAAUGAAACUACUGAUUUGGAGAAGAGCCUUUUGAUCAGAUACCAAAUUCCUCUGUCUGCUGACCAGCUGUUUACACAGUCCGUCUUAGACAAAUCAUUGACCAAGACUAACUAUCAGGCACGGCUGCACGACCUGCUUUAUAUUGAGGAGAUAGCCCAGUAUAAAGAAGUCAGCAGGUUCAACCUUAAAGUGCAAUUGCAGAUUUUAGCAAGCUUCAUGCUCACUGGAGUUUCUGGGGGUGCAAAGUAUGCUCAGAAUGGACAACUUUUUGGUCGUUUCAAGCUUACUGAAACCCUCUCGGAAGACACUUUGGCUGGACGGCUGGUGAUGACCAGGGUCAAUGCUGUUUAUUUAUUACCAGUCCCUAAAGAGAAGCUCGUUCAGUCCCAGGGAACCAAAGAGAAGGUUUAUGAAGCUACUAUUGAAGAAAAAACAAAAGACUAUGUAUUUUUAAGGAUAUCCAGGGAAUGCUGUGAAGAGCUUAGUCUGCGGCCUGACUGUGACAUCCAGGUUGAGCUUCAGUUUCAGUUGAACCGAUUACCCCUCUGUGAAAUGCAUUAUGCACUAGACAGGAUUAAGGACAAUGCUGUUUUGUUUCCAGACAUCAGUAUGACUCCUACCAUACCUUGGAGUCCCAACAGACAGUGGGACGAGCAGUUGGAUCCUCGGCUAAAUGCAAAGCAGAAAGAAGCUGUUCUGGCCAUCACCACUCCACUCUCCAUCCAGCUGCCGCCUGUCCUCAUCAUUGGACCCUACGGGACGGGCAAAACCUUCACUCUGGCUCAGGCGGCCAAGCACAUACUGCAGCAGCAGGAGACCAGCAGGAUUCUCAUUUGCACCCAUUCUAAUAGUGCUGCUGACCUCUACAUAAAGGAUUAUUUACAUCCAUAUGUAGAAGCAGGCAAUCCCCAGGCAAGACCUCUCAGGGUGUAUUUCCGGAAUCGCUGGGUGAAGACUGUCCACCCAGUCGUGCAUCAGUACUGCUUGAUCUCGAGCACACAGUCCACCUUUCAGAUGCCCCAGAAGGAAGAUAUUCUUAAACAUCGAGUGGUGGUGGUCACACUGAGCACUUCCCAGUACCUCUGCCAGCUGGACCUGGAACCUGGGUUCUUCACGCACGUUCUCUUAGAUGAAGCUGCCCAGGCCAUGGAGUGUGAGACCAUUAUGCCUCUAGCCUUAGCUACUAAAAACACACGGAUUGUUUUGGCUGGUGAUCACAUGCAGCUCAGCCCUUUUGUUUACAGCGAGUUUGCCAGGGAGAGAAACCUUCACGUUUCGUUACUUGACCGACUCUACGAGCAUUACCCUGCUGAGUUUCCAUGCAGGAUCCUCCUCUGUGAGAACUAUCGUUCCCAUGAAGCUAUCAUCAACUACACCUCUGAGCUUUUCUAUGAGGGGAAGCUGAUGGCCAGUGGGAAGCAGCCGGCGCACAAGGACUUCUAUCCACUCACGUUCUUUACGGCACGGGGGGAGGACGUCCAAGAGAAGAACAGCACGGCAUUCUACAACAAUGCAGAGGUAUUUGAAGUGGUGGAGCGUGUAGAAGAGCUAAGACGGAAGUGGCCAGUGGCAUGGGGAAAGUUAGAUGACGGCAGCAUCGGUGUGGUGACGCCAUACGCUGACCAGGUGUUUAGAAUCCGAGCUGAGCUUCGGAAGAAGAGGCUCUCGGAUGUGAAUGUGGAAAGGGUGCUCAAUGUCCAAGGAAAGCAGUUCAGAGUUCUGUUUCUUAGCACAGUGCGUACACGCCACACUUGCAAGCACAAGCAGACGCCAAUUAAAAAGAAAGAGCAACUCCUGGAAGACUCCACCGAGGACUUAGAUUAUGGUUUUCUAUCCAACUACAAACUUCUCAAUACGGCCAUCACCAGAGCACAGUCCUUGGUUGCUGUGGUGGGUGACCCUGUUGCUCUGUGCUCUAUUGGAAGGUGUAGAAAGUUUUGGGAGCGGUUUAUUGCCCUGUGUCAUGAAAACCACAGCUUGCACGGGAUCACGUUCGAACAGAUCAAGGCACAGUUAGAGGCUUUAGAACUCAAGAAGACUUACGUGUUGAAUCCACUGGCUCCUGAGUUUAUCCCCCGGGCUUUACGACUGCAGCAUUCAGGAAACAGUAGCAGACAGCAGCAGUCACCACCCAAGGUGAAAAGCCUCUAUCAUCCCCAGAGUGAUCAUUUCCAGAGUGAUGGAAUUGUUCAGCCCAAUCCUUCCGUACUUAUUGGCAAUCCUAUUAGAGCAUAUACUCCUCCGCCCCCUCUUGGACCGCACCCAAACUUGGGAAAAUCUCCAAGCCCCGUUCAAAGAAUAGAUCCUCACACUGGGACUAGUAUUCUUUACGUACCUGCUGUCUAUGGAGGAAAUGUAGUUAUGUCGGUGCCUUUACCUGUGCCAUGGACAGGGUACCAGGGUAGGUUUGCAGUUGACCCUCGGAUUAUCACACACCAGGCAGCAAUGGCCUACAAUAUGAACCUAUUACACACACACGGACGUGGGUCACCGAUCCCUUAUGGUCUUGGCCAUCACCCACCUGUCAGCCUAGGCCAGCCACAGAGUCAGCACGCAGAGAAGGAUCAGCAGGAGCAAAACCGAAAUGGUAAAACUGAUACAAAUAACCCUGGACCUGAAAUUAAUAAGAUCCGAACACCAGAGAAGAAACCUACAGAGCCCAAGCAGGUUGAUUUGGAAUCAAAUCCACAGAACAGAAGUCCUGAAUCCCGUCCUGGUGUUGUUUAUUCCAACACUAAAUUUCCUCGAAAAGAUCAUCUCAACCCAAGACACAUAAAUAAUCUCCCUCUUCCUGCACCACACGCCCAGUAUGCAAUCCCUAGCCGCCAUUUUCACCCGCUGCCUCAGCUGCCCAGGCCGCCGUUUCCCGCUUCCCAGCCGCACACCUUGUUAAAUCAGCAACAGAAUAAUUUGCCUGAACAACCAAAUCAGAUGGCACCUCAGCCAAAUCAGGUGGCACCCCAGCCAAAUCAGAUGACACCCCAGCCAAAUCAGGUGGCACCCCAGCCAAAUCAGGUGGUCCAGCAGCAGAGCCAGGCACCUCCACAGGCCCCACAGCCAGCACCUCAACUCUCUCCUGCAUUUCAGGCGGGGCCCACCAAUGCAUUUUUCAAUAAUGCAGUUGCUCACCGACCACAGUCUCCUGCUGCAGAGGCUGUGGGUCCUGAGCAGCCGCCCCCUCCCGGGCUGCCCGAUGGCCACAGUCCACUGAGAGCCAUCACACAGCCUGGCCCCAUCCUGGCAUCACCUUUGAACAACUUUGUUGAUGAGAGCUCUCCAGGAUUGCCUAUAGAAGAAGCUUUGGAUGGAGUGCAUGGAAGCGUAGCUCUGGAGACGCUGAGGCAGCAGCAGGCGCGGCUACAGCAGUGGAGUGAGCACCAUGCCUACCUGAGCCAGGGCGGCAUCCCCUAUUCACACCAUCACCAUCCUCACCUCCCGCAUCUUCCCCACACACCCAUUGGCCUCCACCAGCCACCAGUGAGGGCAGAGUGGAAAGUCGCCGGCAGGGCUGACGAUGAAACAGAGACAACAUUCUCAAGGUUUCAAGACUUACUCAGAGAGCUGUCCCAUCGGGAUCAAGGUGACACUGGAGAACUAGCUGAAAUGCCACCACCUCAGUCAAGACUUCUGCAGUACAGACAAGUUCAGCCUAGAAGUCCGCCAGCGGUCCCGUCUCCCCCUUCCUCCACAGACCACAGUAGCCAGUUUGCUAACUUUAAUGACAGCAGCAGAGACAUUGAAGUAGCCAACAGCCCAGCAUUCCCGCAGCGCCUCCCGCCUCAGCUAUUUGGCUCCCCUUUCUCGUUGCCAUCUGAACACCUUGCCCCUCCUCCUCUGAAAUACCUGGCUCCGGAAGGAGCAUGGAAUUUUGCUAACUUGCAGCAGAAUCACUUAAUAGGGCCGGGCUUUCCCUAUGGCCUACCUCCAUUGCCUCCCAGGCCACCACAGAACCCUUUUAUACACAUCCAGAACCAUCAACACGCUGCUGGUCAAGAGCCAUUUCACCCACUGUCAUCUCGAACAGUGUCUGCUUCUUCGCUCCCCAGCCUAGAAGAGUAUGAGCCCAGAGGACCUGGUCGGCCCUUGUACCAAAGAAGAAUCUCAUCUAGCUCAGCCCAGCCUUGUGUGGAAGAGGCAAGCGCUCCCCAAGACAGCCUGGCUCAGGGCAAAGAAUCGCAGGGCCACAGCAACCCACCUGCCUUCAACUUCCCGGCCCCCGAGUCCUGGGCCAACACCACCUCAUCUGCCCCCUACCAGAACAUUCCGUGCAAUGGAUCCAGCAGGACGAGUCAGCCCAGAGAGUUGAUAGCUCCACCCAAGACUGUCAAACCCCCUGAGGAUCAGCUGAAGCCCGAGAGCGGGGAGGUGUCCAGUUCCUUCAACUACUCGAUGCUGCAGCACCUUGGCCAGUUCCCACCCCUCAUGCCCAACAAGCAGAUCGCAGAGUCCGCCAACUGCAGCAGCCAGCAGAGCCCGGCAGGGAGCAAGCCCGCCAUGUCCUACGCCAGUGCGCUGCGGGCCCCGCCCAAGCCCAGGCCGCCACCCGAGCAGGCCAAGAAGGGCAGCGACCCGCUGUCCCUGCUCCAGGAGCUCAGUCUGGGCAGCAGCCCGGGCAGCAAUGGCUUCUACUCCUACUUCAAGUGACCCCGCUCGCGCUGUCCUCAGAGAAUAUGCGGUUCCUGUCCAGUCUGCAGGAUGGAGGUGGCGGCUCUGUGUGCGUGCAGCCCUCCAUUACGUUCACUGCGCUCUCAGCCCCCUUGCUGCUAGACCUGCGCCUACGUUUAAAAGUAUAUUCCAUUAUUUUGCAUUUUUGAUGUGAGUCAGAAUUUUGACAGCUUUUAUGUAGAAUAAAAAUAUUUUUAAAUUUGUGUAUUGUUACAUAUGUUUGCAUCAAGCUAGCAGCUAAGAGGUUAACUGUGCAACUAUAAAAAAAAGAAAAAAAAGUUUGUCUAAAAUGUAUUUAAAAAGAAAAAAAUUGUUAAGUAGCAUUUACAUUUAUUCAAUAAUAUUACCACAUGCUGGGUUUCUGUACCAGAAAUGGCCAGUUGAUGUACAAAUGUAUGUUAUUUUUGCUUAAAUUCAGUUAAAAAUUUAAAAAAAAAAACAAAGGGGCAGCAUCUUCUAAGACCCCCUCCCCCCUUUUUUGUGAUCACAGGAUGCUGCGUUCUAAAACUUUCCGAGUUUUAGACGAUCUGUGACGUGCUCUUCUCUCCAUCAGCAUAGGGGAGGCCAAGGCUGCCUUUGCCCGAGUAUUCUGCAUGCCACCACUGGGUUUUGAAAUGUGAAAAAGAAAAAAGGAAAAAAAAAAAAAAAGCAACCCUGGUGGCAUAGUCAGUUUUCUUUGUUUUGUUUUUGACAAGCAAGACUUCCAGCUUGUCUUUAACAUUGAGGUGAGAGGGUUUGGUUUGGUUUAAACAAAUGGGGAAGCUGAAGCAUUUUUAGGAUUGUUGGUGCUUAGUAGACUUGAUAACUAUUUUAAAACUGCGUGAAUUUAGUGAAAAAUAUUUUUUCUCACUCUGCAUGUGUAAGUGUUCGUAGCCUGGCCCCCUCCUCCAGGGCAGAAAGACCUGUGCCAACUAACGGUUUGGGUUGCUUUUCCUCCAUUAACAAUGUUGGUACCUUAUUGAUGUUUACGUUAAGAUGAUGUGACCUACACAGAGCAAUUCUAAGAUCUUUCUAAGAUGUUACAUACACAGAGCAAUUCUAAGAUCUUUCUAAUUGCUUGUUUGAGGGAUAUCAUUAAAGGAAAAAAAAAACAUUGUCAAAAAUUGAUGAAAAUCUAGGGUAUGUUUCAGAUCCUUUGAAUCAUCUGAAAUUCCCCCCUUGAACUCAUUAGAAAUAUGAAAUUUAAGCAACUGUCCGCAGAGAUCCACAGCCUGCCAGUUGUUUUGAAUGAACGUUGAAGGAAGAGGUUGUCCUCACGUGUUAACACAUCCGAAACAAUGAAUGUCCUUUGUCAUUUCCUGAUCCCGUAGCUCUAAUUUUGUAUUUCUGAGAAAUCUUGAGACUACAAUCUAUCUUUUUUUUUUUUUUUUCCUUUUUAAACUAAGAUGAGGCCAGGGGGAUAUUUCAAAAGAGGCCGACUUUCCUGCCGAUCACACAUACUUUUCUGGAAGACUUUUGAUAGACCAUUUUAAGAUGGGUUGGAUGUGGCAAGGGGGCAGCAGAAUUAGUCUGUGUGACUAGAGGUUAGUCUAUUGCAGCCAGCCACAGCCCCCUGUGUGGGCUACACAGGCUGCGAUUAAAGGCUACGUUGGUUAAGGGGCAGCAAACUCCUGCACUGAUGAUACAGCCUCUCAGAUUCAGUUCUGCCUCUGUGCUCAGGACUGGGCUACUGGAACCUGGCUUCCUGUUGUUCCUGUCUCGGGCUACAUGCCUCUUCUGAGCUGCCAGGUAUGGACGGACCCACAGACUAAAGUGGUGUUCACAGAUCCCGGCAGGCACGGGGAUCCACUGAGUCAGGACACCACAUUCUGCGUGACAUGACAUCAUCACAUGCUGGCGUGACGCAGGCAGAAUGAGACAACUUUUGCCACAGGUCUCUGUUUGCUAACUCUGUGCCCAAGUAGGACUCACCCAUGAUAGAGCUGUCUGUGUCCCAUAGGUGAGUGCCCCCACGCCCACGCAUGCAGACACACAGGACAAAGUACAUGCCGGGCAAGAGUUCAGAGCCAUCCUGCUAAUUCAGACAGAGUUAUACUGUCAGUUUUCGGGUCACCUCUCGCCAGGAGAUCAUUGCCUACUUUUUUGUUUUUCAUACUUGAACCUUUAAAAAUAUAUGAGUUUUUUAAAUUAUUUAUAUUUAGUUAAAGUCACGUGUGCACCCUAUCAUCUUAUAUAAGACACUGAUGGUGGGACCCCGGGGAUGGGGAACCCGUCAGGUUGCGGUGACAUUCUCAACGUGGUUAUGUCUAAGAAAUGACACUAGCUACUUCCUUACUUGACUGCGCUGUUGCGAGUGUCGGUGCGUUCCCAUCUCUCUCCUGCUUCUGCAGUUGGGGGUUUCCUUCCGUCGCUUCACGGUCUGGUUAGAGUACUUAUCCCUCCUUCCCAGCGUUACUCUUGUCUUCCCGUCCAGGCUCUAAAAAGCCUAUUUCUUACACCCAGCACCUCGUAACAGUCGACAGCAGACCUUACCAGAAGAGCCAUUGCGAGCUCUCGCUUGGGGCUCUCUGCAGUCACCCCGGUAGCAUUAGCAGGGUUAGUCAGCCUCCCGGAAAUAGCUUGCUUCUUUCAUUCAACUUUAGAGUUCAGAUGGGACAUGUGUACAUACGUGUGUAUAUACGUGUUUGUUUACAUACAUAAGCACACAUUUAUUAUUUUUUUAAGGAAAACUUGAUAGGUCUGCCAUGCCUUUUCUUCUCCUGAGUUUCCUUUAUGGUUUCUUCUCUUCUCUUCAUCCUUUCCCGUCGGAGGCGUUUCCUUGUCCUUGCCAGUACUGGUUUUAGCCAUUGCAGUACAAACUCGAGGUGUUUCUUUCUUCCCUUUCUGUCCCUCUCUCCUUCAUCUUUCUCUUCCAGUUCUUUUAGGUGAUAAUUCAGAGUAUUCGCGCUAAGUUUGUUCCCCUCCCCCACCCCCCCACCCUUUAUCUCUUGAUCUAAAAAUAAAUUCCUGAUGAGAAUUGACAAGCCUCAUUCACUGUAUCAUGGGUAUUUUCUGGUGUGUUUUUUUCAAAGAAGUCCAUUGUGGCCCCACGCUUGCUAGUCACGUUAUCUCGUCCUUGACCAGUCAGUCGUUAGUUAUUGAUCAUGGAGACUAAGGAUCUCGGUCUUCCUGUCGUCACACAGACAUGCUCGCUGUCUGGGUCAUCUUGUGUGAGGAGAACAAAAUUGUCUGCUGUGGGUUCUUUUUCUUUUGCCUUGUUUCUAAUCAAGAUCGUAGGAUGAGUUCAGGUUUGAUGUAAGCAUCAACUGGUCCUUUCUGUUCAGAGAACUUCAGGGUAAGGAAAAUACGCGGAAGUCUCCCAGAGUAAGCAUUCCCCAGUAAACAUGGCGGUCUCUGGAGCCUAUGCAUUGGAGAGGUUUUCCUCUUUCUGAAGGCCUUGAGGUUCUGAGGAAACUGUCUUUUUAAUCUUGAGCUCAUAUGCUGUGUUAUGUUGCUGUAGUGUAGUUAAUGGUUCUAAGUUUGGUAUGUUUCAUUUUGAGAGCAAAGCUGAAAACAUAAAAGAAUGUAUCUCUCUAGCCACCGCGACUGCGAGUCAGGGUGUGGAGAACAAUUUUAGGCUAAAUCUGAACAUUCCCACGAUUGUCAUGGGAAAUGUUAGAUUUCCUGAACUAGGUGAUUUUUUGUUUGUUUGUUUGUUUUUUUAAGGAGAUGCUCAUGAGCGAAAGAAUCAUUGCGUAGUGGAGAGUUUUAUUAGUAGAAAAAUUAUGUAGAAACAUAAGUUUAAAACUUCCCAUAGAGUAAAACAUACACAUUACUGCUUUAAAAUAUUACCUAGGCUGUCCAUCCCUCCCCCACCCACCUCUCCACCUCCUCACACUUAAACCCGCCUUUUCUCAGUGAGUAGAUCCGGGUUUGUUUGUUUGUUUGUUAUUCUUGCCUUUCCCAUAAUGUUUGACAACCCUGCUCCCAACCGCCCCAUGUGUCCUGCUCACAUCUGGGCGCAGGUGUCAUCUGAUCAGUAUUCACACUGCCCAGAAGUUAGAGAAGAGGCAGGUGGUGCUUGCUCUCCUUGUUCAGAGCAUCACUUGGUGUGUCCCUGGUAGCCUGGUACCCAGAGUACCCGUCAUACGGGUCCUCAGAGCAUCCACUCCAUCAAGCCUUCACAUUUCCCUCUGCGACUUGACAGAGGCUUCGAGGUUCACACUUGCCAGUUUUAUCCCUCGUUUAACUAGCAAUUCCAAGACCACAGAAGGAGGGGAUUUUUACUGAAGUUUAGCAUCCCAAUAAAACAUCAGAAAGUGGCAUUAUAUCAUCAACUCUAAGCUAGAAUAUCAGGUCAAACAAUUUUUAUGUUUAAAGUUUUAGUGUAACAUUCAGAUAUUUCGAACCUACUGAAAAUAUCUACUUAACAAAACCUGCAUUGUUUAAAAAAGAAAAAAAGAAAAAGAAAAAAACUUUAUGUCAGGAGGUACAUAAUAGAAGACUCUAGACUUAGACUUGUGAGCUGUGGUUCUAAUCCAGCCCAUUUGUCCAGUGGUAAGCUUGAAGCUUCUGAAAUGAGUUUCAAGAGAGCCUACAAGUCUUAUAGUUUCAGUCAUCAGAGUGGUAGACCAGACUUUACUUGCAAUUUGUUCAACAGAGAGAUUUUAUUUUGAUACAAAUAUUAAACAUAAUGCAUAGUAAGUUUUAUAUAAUUCUAUGAGUUCAUUAAACAAUAUUAUGAGAUUUUCAGUAUUUUGGGGGGGGCGUCUUUUUGGCUAUUUCUACCUCAUAUGAGGUCUCUUCUGUAUUUUAUUUAGUAUACUAGCAUGUGCUUGCCUGCCUUAGAAUGAUGUACGGGAGGGGAAAUCAAUAUUACCUUUUAAGAAAAAUUUUGAUUUUUAUGGAAUAAUUGUUUUAAUAUUUUAAUGUUUGAAACUGAGGGGGGUAAGGGUGGCAGAUAACAUACAGUGGUAACUAUUUACAAACCUAUCAUAUUUUAAGAUUUUAGAAUUGUGAGCAAGAUCAAGAAAAAUAAAGGGGGAAAAAAAAGUGAUUAUGAAGCUGAAGCUGGCCUCAGUUUUCCCUGGACGGGUUGUUGAGAUUGCUGGGCCCACUGCCAGGGUGGCGUCACAGCCGUCCAGGAAGCGCACUUUGAGAGUCAGGAGGGGUUUAUCUCUUUACUCGUGGGCCAUUUUAAUCAUCCUGGCACCUCAAGUGGCCCGUUCGUGGGAAGAGCUCUCUCUCCCUUUGGGGUCUCUGCUACUCCUCAUUAGGGUGCAGGGGCGCUUUCAUUUCUGGAGUGAGUUUGUUGUUAGUGACGCAGCUGCCUGGCUAUUGUUCGGAAGCUGUGCGUUUGUGGGAUGUGCUUAGAGUCGACCUCGAUCCCUCCACAUGGAGACAUAAUUGUGGAAAGAAGCCAUCGGAUGCCCUGAGAGUGUGCUUGCACUUGCCCAGGCUCUUAGUCCCGGUCCUUCGGUGGCAGUGACUUGGGGCAUCGGAAACAUUAGACAGUCCCCAAUGAAUGGAGCCUAUAGUUUUUAAUCUUAUCCCCCCCUUUCUUAUUUUGUAUGUGUGUUGGGGCGAGGGCAAAGGAUUUACCUUCGUGUUAUAUGUUUCUCAGGUUAACAAAGUUAUUUUGGGUUCUCUGCCGUGCCUGCAGGUGUUAGGGAGAGCCUGGGUGUUGUAUGUGGCAGGAAAAAAGCAAUUGUUUCUGACUCCUUAGCUACCUUGAAGACCUCUGUAUGUUUGCCGAAGAGUUGAGGGGACACACCACCCGCAUAGCAUGAGUGACUCCUAAGUCAGAGCAGACAUGGGUGAGCACGUUAGUUUUGAGAAAGAAACUGCCUACAACAUAAUCAACCUGACAGGUCUUUGGAUAGUUUUACAUUUGUGUGUUGUGUUUAAUGUUCAGCCUGGGCUGCAGCUUGGCGGGUAUCGGGUUCUGCUUUCUGGUUUCUAGUCUGGCUUUGAAUUUACUGGGUUGCUAGCAAGAAAACAAAUCUAUUUUUAAGGGAAUAGAAUGUAGAACGGCGUAGGCGUAGAAGUAUAAUACACAGUGACCAUCAUAGAUUUACACAGCUUUAGAGUUCUUAGCCCCCAGGACUUCCUACAUAAAAGGCCCGGGAAGCUCUAGCUGCAGGUUGCUGGUGUGCUCAGCACAGCUUUCCUUUAUGCACUCCCAGCUUAUAAGGGACUUCGGUUUAUUUGCGAUUUGCCUUGCAUGAUACCACUUUGUAUCUUUCAGGAGGUCAGAGGACUCUUUUGUCCAGGUUGAAGUCCCAAAGUGUCAGUUUUACCUAAGAUUGUUUCUCAACGACCCCCCCUCCCCCCGCCGCCGCCGAAGGGUCCCUGAUUUCCAUGUAUCAGGAAGGUGACUGCUUCUAUCUAUCCAUGUAUAUGACAUUAUGUACAUCAAGUACUGAAUCUGAUUUCUGUGCCAGCCAUCUGACCUGAUUCUUUGAGACCCAUAAAGGUACUGGUUAUAGGUAAUAGUUGCAUCCCGGGAGAAUAGAGUGGUCCAAAUACUUUCUCUGAAUUAUAAAGCUAAUGGGGUUUGCAUUUUAGUAAAGCGUCCUAAUUGUCAGUGAUGCAGGAUCUUGCUUUUUAAUUUUUUUUUUUUAAAUACAAUUCUCUAAAUGUGGUCAGUAAUGUAUGGGAUCAGUCACAUAGUAGAUGCAUUCUGGAUCUUCUAUUGGGAAAGCCUUCAUAAGGGAGGCCAUAUGUAAAACCACCCUGGUCCGUUUACCUUACAAGCACCACUUAUGCAGCAUCUGACUCAGCAUAAAUCUAUGGCAAAACCACAACAGUGACUCUGUCCCUUUGCGGUAUACCAUGCCUCGUCUGAGAGGCUCUAAUACCGGAAGAGUUUAUUCUUAAAAGUAAAGAUGGUUUUGUAUCAUAAGAUAACCCCCAAAGCUGGCCACCAAGGCUUCCUUUCUCUGUUCUUCCUCUUUCCUAACUCGGGUUUUGGAGUCUCCUUAGCUUACGCUACUUUCUUAGGACUUUGGUUUUUGUUUUUUUGUUUGUUUUUUUUUGAGCCCAGGAGUCUACAGUGUGACCCUUGUCAGUGAAGUUCUUUUGUUUUAAAAGAUUCAUGGUAACACAAAAUGUAUUUUACUGCUACAACUAAAAUGUAUUUAUAAUAAAAAAAUGCCUUUUUAAUAA